AUUAUUUCGCAUAUAGGCUGGAACCAUGGAGGUUUUGCGUGAUGAUGAUGAUGAUGAUGAAGGAGAGAGUGUCAAAUAUAAGCCUGGUGGUCGUUUGGACAUGAGUCACGGGUUCCUGCAGCACAUCAGGAGGAAUCAGAUCGCCAGGGACGAUUAUGACAAAGAGGUAAAACAGGCCAAGGAGAAGCAGAGGUGUAGACACACGACCACCCCUCGCCACCCGAGAAGACCAGACCGUCAGGUGUACCACCCACGCAAUCGGAAUGGAUCUGAGCCUGGUGUGAAUGCCGAGCCAGACGACUGGAAUGAGAGCAGCUCUGGCACAGAGCAGGAGAGCAUUGGAACAGAGUUAUUUUGGCUUGACUACCAAGCUGACAAUGGGCACAUAACAUCAUUCAUCGUUCACAAGGAGGACAAGCCAGAAGCUAUUGUGGAACAAGUGGCAGAGAAGAAUGUUCUGGACUCGGCCAUGAGGGCGGCGCUGUUGGCACGUGUGGGACAUGAAAUGGACAAGCGGUGUGACAAAUGCUGAGAUGCAGAGAGAGAGCAAAAAAUGUAUGACAGCACAAAGCUUACAGCAUCAAAAGAUGUCUUGGACACAACGUGCAGGUGUAUUUCUUGAAUGAGAGUGGACUCCAACCUCAAGAGAAAAGACACUUAUAGAGACGCUGUGAAGCUUGAAAACGUCUAUCUCGUUAGCGCCAAAACCACUUGUAUUCUGUUCUCAGUAAUGUAGAGAAAACAGGACCUGAAUUGUUCUUUCAGCUGGAAAUAGAGAACCAUUUGUCACUUCACAGUUUGGACAAAUGUUAAGAGUGUGACAGGUGCUUGGAGCAUUGUACAACUGAGACGGCAACUUUGGCCAUGGUGCUUUUUACACCAGAGGUGAUUGGUUUGCACAAGGUCUGCAUUUUUCCCUACGUGUUCAUAAAUAUUUUCAUGACUGAAGAAAUGGUAAUAAUGUGUUUAUAUUUCUAGGUUCAAGGUCAUGUUGAAUGUUGAAUAUUUUUACCUUUUUUACCUGUUGGUGCUGAUGUUGCUCUAGGAGAACUUUAAGAUAUUUUGUUUCAUCUUUUUAUUGUACAUUUAGAUAGUAUUUUUGUAUUUGUACUACAGCGCUGUAUUGAAGUCAAUAUGGUGUUUUGGUUUAGAUUGCAGGAUGAAGUGUUCAUUCUCUCAUACAGACACAUGAUGGCAGUGUGUGCUACAUUUACAACAUCAUGUACAUAAAUACUUUUUCAUAACAGCUUCUGAGAUAUAUUCGUCAAAAAUAUGCAAUUGCACAAAAGGAAGUAUGUGCAAUAAAUCAAAACAUCCUAUAACUUUAGGAGGUGGAUCCUGAAAUACAGUGUAUUGAAGGAUUACAUAUGUAAAAUAGAGUCCAACUUGGAUUUGUUGGCUGCUUUUGCUUCACUAACCGCUUGGGCUCAAUUCUUAAAUUCGGAGGCUUUGUGAAUCAAUUCUUGGGGGAAUCAACUCCGCACAAGGAUGUGACGUGUUCGCACUGUUUUUAUUUUCUCGGUCACUAAACUACUACACAUUCCAAGGCUUAACAGCACUAAUGGAAAAUUCAGAUGUUAAAAAGACUUGAAUGAUCGUAAUUUCUCUACUGAUCAACGCAACUCUUUUGUAGUCCGUUAGCCAUUAGAAAAUCUGAUCCGCUCAUUUAUCUGUGUGAAGCAAUCGCACAAGCCUUUCAGCACAUAAAACAGCUGCUUUCCAAAGUGGCAUUCCUAGUCUGCCAGGAGGAUUUUACUUUUGAUAAGUCAUUUUUAUAUUACACAUUGUUUUAAAGCAGUUUUGCAGAAAAUUAUGCUGUUCUUUCUGUAAUGUCUUAAAACAAACAAUCAAGUAAAAUGCCAAAUUUGUGACAAAGUUAUCAGAAAUACAUCUGGCCAGCUUGAUUACACUUUCUAGUGCUUGAAGCAUGCGCAGAGCUUAAGAUGGUGCUAGGAAGUGUAAUCGAGAUUGAAAUCAUGAUCACCAAGGAGACUGCUGAUGUCAAGAUUUAUAGUGAAAAAAUUAGUUUUGUUUUAGUCUGUUCUCACCCAAAACCAUUUGGAUCGCUUCAGAAAACAUGGAUUUGGAACAUGGAAGUCACAUGGAUUACUUUUAAGCUGCCUUUAUGUGCUUUUGGAACUUCAUGUUUUGGUUACCAUUCACUUGUAUUGUAUGGACCUUCAGAGCUGACAUUUUCUUCCAAAAAUCUUUGUUCUGCAGAAGAAAGAAAGUCAUACACAUCUGGAAUGGCACGAGAGGAAAUUUCAGAAUUUUAAAAUUUUUGGGUGGAUUAUUCCUUUAACCCACAGAGACCCAGCAUAGCAGAAUUGCAAUGUUUGUUUAAAGCAAUUAAUAUUUUUUUUAUUAUUAUUAUUAUUAAUU